UUAUUUGCUUCGUUCAUUAUCUUGAAAAACAUUCACUCAUUUGCGAGUGUUUUUCAACCAAUAAUGGUUUUGAUUUUAACUAUCGGAUUAUUCGUCCUCGUUAGUCCGGCGUUUGGAGCGACGAAAACUUGCGAAGAGAAACACUACAAUGUCAUUUGCAACUUGGCAAGCUGGUCGGUUUACCGUGAAGGAGAAGGGGCGUUUAACAUAAGCUACAUAAUUCCGAGCUAUUGCACCCACAUCGUGUACACAUUUGCCGGGCUGAAUUUGGGCGGAGGAAUUGAUUCAUUGGAUUACCAUAACGACAUCAAUGUGCACAAGGGUUACCAGAGAAUCAUCGAGCUAAAAGAAGAGAAUCCAUGUUUGAAAGUGUUGUUGGCAAUUGGUGGAUGGAACGAAGGCUCGGAAAAGUAUUCAUUGAUGGCGGAAGCAGAAGAAACCAGAGAAGCCUUUGCAGACAGUGCUUUACGCUUUUUGGCACACUUUGGAUUCGAUGGAUUGGAUGUCGAUUGGGAGUAUCCUACGAUGCGAGGAGGAGUUCCAGAAGAUCGGGAAAAUUUUGUUCUGCUUUUGAAGGCACUUCGCGAAAAAUUCCGUCACCGGAACAAAAUCCUAUCAACAGCCAUUAGUGGAUCAACGAGCGUCAUCCAAGCAGCCUAUGAUAUGCCGGCAAUUUGCGAAGUGGUCGACUUUGUUUCUCUAAUGGGAUACGAUUAUAGCGUCAAAGAUAAGACAAGCGUUGAUGGGCCACUCUAUUCGGAACCGAUAAUGCGAUCGGAAUCGAUUGAUGGGGCCAUUUCCUAUAUUCGCAAGAGUGGCUGCCCGCUUGCUAAGAUCAACUUGGGUAUUUCGACCAUGGCCAAAACUUACACGCUGAAGCCGGGAGCAACGGCCAGUGUUAAUACCGGAAGUGCCAUUCAGGGUCCAGGUCGUGCAGGGCCAUUUACCAAGAGCGUUGGAGUUUUGGGAUAUAAUGAGCUGUGCACAAUGCUGGCGGAUUCCAAAGGAAAAAUGGCUUUCUUGCGAAACGUUGGAGUUAAAGUGACCGUCCAAGGUGACCAGUGGAUCACUUACGACGAUGGAGAUACGGUUGAAAUCAAAGCAACCUAUGUGAAGCAGAAAGGACUAGGCGGGGUAAUGUUCUGGACAAUCGAUACGGAUGACUUCAUCGGAGAUUGUUACAACGAAGCUUACCCACUGCUACUGGCUGCCAACAAGGUGUUUGGAUACGUUGUCUAACUGAGACAUUUACUGAUGAUUUAUAACUAAAUGUAUAAUAAAGCUGUUUGCGAUGCGACCUUGAA